GGCUCCCCUCUGGGCUGAGCUCAGUCCUCACUCCACGUCCGCGUCUCCUGCUGACUCCGCCUCCUUGCCCGGUUCCACGGAUCACCGUCACCCUCCUCGCAUGGCUUCUCCAAGGUACGCACGCGCGGUCGAUCAGCAGAUCUCUCUCUCCCUCUCUGUCUCCCCUAGGAUUUUCCUCGUGUCUCUGAGAUUUCUCAGGAACCAGAGGAGCUGAAUGUUUCUGAUAUUCGGUGGCCAUCGCGGUGAGCGGGAGCAGGAGCAGCAGGCACGCGCUCAAGUGGGCCCUCGACAAGUUCGUGCCCGGCGGGAGGGUCCUCUUCCGGAUCCUGAUCUUGACAGCGGCAGCAUCUAUGAACAAAUUUUAUGGUUACAGUGUCACAAGGUCACACCUGCAGAGUGCAGAGUUUUCUCCUUGAGCGUACUGCAUUAUCGUUAGGUUGAUGAAUAUGAGCUUUUCUUGUACCAAGUGAGGGCAAUUUGUGAUUAAGGGUUAUUCAUAAGGGUGUACCGGCUGUUCUUUAGUCGUUGCAAUUAUUCAGAACACUGACCUGCUCUGCUCUUCAUCCUCUGAUGACAGUGGGCAAUACAUCCCGGUCUCGCAAGUGCGCGACGACGUAACAUCGGCAUAAAGUGUGUAAUAAUAUGCAAGGUUUUUAACCGUUUCUUGUUGAAACCUUGCUGUUAGUUACACGACAACUUGGGCAUCCAGCGUGUCGAGCACGAAAUCAAGCUUCGAGAGAUUGACCUGACAGAAGAAAUGGUGAGGAGAUUGCUAAGGCGAAUGGAGAGAGAAGAAGAGGAGGUGGCCGAAAGAGAAGCUCAACCUAUACAAAGCUCUUCUGGACAGAAAGCAACAGAGGGUGAUGGUGAUCACCAAAAUGCUGGAGAGAUCAACACAGGACUGAAAAAUGCCGGACGAUGUUUAACCGAGUACAAUAGGUACUCUUGGGAGCAUAUCCAAGCGGCGACUUCAUCGUUUUCAAGUGAUCUUGUGAUUGGUAAGGGGACAUAUGGAACAGUCUACAAGGCUAAGUUUCAGCAUACUGUUGCAGCAGUGAAAGUCUUGAACUCCCUGGAAGGUUUUGGAACUCAGCAGUUACAGCAAGAGCUGGAGGUUCUGGGCAAGAUCCGGCACCCUCACCUGCUGCUGCUGCUGGGCGCCUGCCCGGAGCGCGGCUGCGUGGUGUACGAGUACAUGGAGAACGGCAGCCUGGACGAUGCUCUCCACCACCGCCGGAAUGGCAUGCCGCCGCUCGCCUGGUACGACCGCGUCCGGGUCGCCUGGGAGGUGGCCACCGCCGUCGCCUUCCUCCACAGCGCCAGGCCGGACCCCAUCAUCCACCGCGACCUCAAGCCGGCCAACAUCCUGCUCGACCGGAACCUCUCCAGCAAGGUCGGCGACGUCGGCCUCUCGACGGCGCUCCUCCACCACUCGGGAGCCGGAGGAGGAGGAGGCCAGCAGCAGUCCACGAUGGUGAGGAACACGACGCCCGUGGGCACAUUCUGCUACAUCGACCCGGAGUACCAGCGGACGGGCGCCGUGUCGGCCAAGUCAGACGUGUACGCGCUCGGCGUGGUAGUGCUGCAGCUGCUCACGGGGAGGACGUCGCCGCUCGGGCUCGCCCACGCCGUGGAGACCGCGCUGGAGGAAGACGGCGGUGACUCCUUCACGGAGAUGCUGGACGCACCGCCGGAGGAGGCGCGGGAGCUGGCCGCACUUGCGCUGCGGUGCGCAGAGAUGCGGCGCAGGGACCGGCCCGGGCUGCGCGAGCACAUCCUCCCGGCGCUGGAGCGGAUCAAGGACGUCGCUGCCAGAGCCGCCAGGGAGACGAAGGCCCUUCUCCUCCGGACAGCAUCAUCGUCAGCAGCGCCGGGCCACUUCCUCUGCCCCAUUCUUCAGGAAAUCAUGGAGGACCCAUGCGUCGCCGCCGAUGGGUACACCUACGACCGGAAGGCGAUCGAGACAUGGGUGAGCAUGAAGGACAAGUCGCCGAUGACCAACCUCCGGCUGCCGAGCAAGAGCCUCAUCCCCAACCACUCGCUCCGGUCGGCCAUCAUGGACUGGAGCUCCAAGAACAGAUGAUGAUGCACACAAUGUUAGAUAGACCUUGUGCAGAAAUAGUCUCGGGAAAUAUAGCUGUUGUGUUGUGUUGUGUAGGUACACCGAAAUGUGCAUCUGAUUCCU